UCGUUUUGCGUGGGAAUUUUACCAACUACCCAGAGCGGCACGGGCAUUUUACCAAUGUUUCUUCUAUAGUAACCUAUUUAAGGGUGUUAGUAAAUAAGCUUUUAAUGAUAGCCUCACAAACGUUUUGGUCUUCAGAGAGAGACGGUUAAAAGAGUUCAGACUCUAUGUCGCCGUGUUCCUGCAUAUUGAUACAGCUGUUUGAGUCAACACAUGUUGCAGAGAGCACAGUGUUAUGGGGUCAGCGAAACGCAGAGAAGAUUUUUGUUUUUCACAUCUGUCACAGGAUUAAGGAUUUUAUACUGUUGCUUAUUUGAGGAACCUGUUAUAAGGGUGAUGCGUUGGAAAGACAGAAUUGAUCAACUUCUUCAACUGACACGCUGGUGUGGUUUGAGUUGUGUGUAUGGUUAUGAAAAUACUUACUGUGAUUUGACGAGUUUGGAGAGAGUAAAUCAGAGCUCAGUUCAGGAGAUUGGAGAGGAGGUGGAGGAAGGAGCCAUCUACACCAUUACACUCCGAAAGGUGCAGCUCCACCAGACAGCCAGUAAAGGGCAAAGAUGGCUGGGUGUGGAGACGGAUUCUGCCCUCAAUCUGUAUGAGACGUGCAAGGGUCGGACCAUUAAAGCCGGCACGCUGGAGAAACUGGUGGAGUAUAUGGUAUCGGCAUAUAAAGGGAAGGACUAUACGUAUGUGACUAUAUUUUUGUGCACCUACCGAGCUUUCGCCACCACCAAACAAGUUCUGGAUCUACUGCUUAACAGGUAUGCCAAACUCCAAGAUCAUCCUGUUUCAAGGGGACCAAAGCUCUCCCCUGAAGACUACACAGAGCUUAAAAACACUGUCUCAUCUAUCCUGGGAGCGUGGUUGGAUCAGUACUCUGAGGAUUUCUGGAAUCCCCCGGACCACGAAUGCCUGCACAGCCUAAUAUCCUACUUGAAGCUCAAUUUCUCUGGAUCGGACCUAGAAAGACGAGCUUGUAACUUGCUGGAGCAUUUCCAGCACAGGCAACUGUCCGAGGUUGAACUUGAAGCCGAUCUUUGCACCUGCCCCUUUGCCACACCUGAGGAGAGCAGUUUGGAGGAUGAAUUCUUCCCCUCUCAUUUCAUGUCUUACAGUCCUGCUCUGGUCGCGGAGCAGUUAACAGUCAUGGAUGCGGAGCUGUUUAAGAGGGUUGUUCCUUAUCAUUGUUUGGGUGGUAUAUGGUCCCAGCGGGAUAAGAAGGGUAAAGAGCACCUGGCACCCACCAUCCGGGCCACCGUUGCUCAAUUCAACAGCGUGACCAACUGUGUGAUCGCCACCUGCUUGGACAACAGGUCUCUCAGACCCUUUCAAAGAGCGAAACGCAUUGAACACUGGAUAGAAGUGGCCAGGAAGUGUCGCAUCUUGAAGAGCUUCUCCUCUCUGAAGGCCAUCCUGUCAGCCCUGCAGUGUAAUGCCAUCCAUAGACUCAGGAGGACCUGGGAUGAGGUGUCCAGGGAAAAUUAUCGCACUUUCCAGGAACUGUCUGAAAUCUUCUCAGAUGACAAUAAUUACUCCCUAAGCAGAGAGCUACUUAUUAAGGAGGGCACCUCGAAAUCUGCUAUCAUCGAAAUUAACCACAAAGGAACCCAAAGGAGACACCAGCACCAGAGAGAUAUGGGUGUCGUGCAGGGAACUAUUCCAUACCUUGGUACAUUUUUGACUGACCUAGUCAUGUUGGAUACUGCUAUGAAAGAUCAUCUUGAGGUCGGGCUGAUUAACUUUGAGAAGAGAAGAAAGGAAUUUGAAGUGAUUGCCCAGAUCAAGUUGCUUCAGCUGACCUGCAAUUACUACAACUUCGUCAAAAACCAGCGCUUUAUCGAUUGGUUUAAGAGAGUGGAGAAACUUACAGAAGCCGAGAGCUACUCUUUGUCCUGUGAGAUCGAACCGCCGUCUGAACCUGUAUGCAAAAAGAACGGAGGCAUCGUCAAACGCAUGAGCGAGGAAUCGGGUUACUGCAGCAUAGGCACCUCGCGCUCCAAAUCCUUUGAGCAGCCACGCUUGAGUCAGUUCAAAGACAGCUUCAAAGAUGCCACCGACUCCAUCAGCCUGACCUCAGCUGGAUCCAGCGUUUCAGAUGGAGAGGAGAACAGCCUCAGUCUACUGAACUCCCCAGAUUCAGCCAAUCAGAGAACAUCUACACCAACUGUGAAGCACUCUAUAUUAACCUCAGAUACAGGGGAGCUUGCGUCUGAUUCCUCUUCUAAGCUUUGGGAAUCACCGACCGCUUCAUCUUUAGAGGCGUCUGGAACAUGUUUGGGACUGGACUGUGGCUCCACCAGUUCCACCUCCUCUUCCUCAUCUUCAUUCUCCACCUCUGGUGGGCAGCCGUUCCACUUCCACAAGCGUUCCAUCUCGGGUGUCUCCGAUUACUCGUCUCUCUCGCUGCCGCUGUACAACCAGCAGGCGAAUGACUGCUGUAUCAUCAGAGUUAGUCUCGAUGAAGACAAUGGAAACAUGUACAAAAGCAUCCUGGUGACCAGCCAAGAUAAAACACCUGGUGUUAUUAGGAAAGCCAUGGCCAAGCACAACCUGGACGACGAGAAGUCAGAAGACUAUGAACUGUUACAGAGAGUCUCAAAGCAGAAAGAACUCAAAAUCCCAGAUAAUGGAAAUGUUUUCUACGCCAUGAACUCAUCUGCCAACUAUGACUUCCUGCUAAGGAAACGUGGUGUUCCCAAAACCUGCAGAUCAAAGAGCUCUCCUAGCCUAACUCUACCACGAAUGAAGCAGAAGGGGUUUAAAAUACCCAAGGGCUUCUUCUGAAAGCUUACUCGGAGCUGUUUGGGUUUUGGGGAUUAGCAAGAGUCACUUUAUUAACCCCGACAGUAUUAUCUGGAUCUUUAAUCCAAUGUUUAUGGAUUAUUCGAUUAGAGAGAUCGCUGCUUGUUCCUAAUGGAUGCUAUCCCUGUGUUUUCUGUCAAUGUGGACUAUGUGACAGACACAGGGCCACUGUGGUUCAUGCAAAGUUUGCCUUAAGACUGCACGUGAGAGCCACACUGUGAGAGAGACAUUUUCUUAAGCUAAUGCAGUCGUUCAUGCAUGAGCACACUACUUUUGAGCAAACAUUGUAAGCACUUUAGAACUUUAAGAGAUUUGUGGAGAGCUGAUGUGAGAGCUGAUGUGGUCCUUUCAUUUCAAAUGUGGACAUUCAUCUUUAAACAGGCUCUCCACCUGGACUCGAUACUAGCAAAAAUUUUACCACAGUCCCUCAGAUCUUAGGGUCGCUGUUCGUAUAGCUACAGUAUUAUAUGUACAGUACAAAAUGUGUAAAGUUUUCGGUUAUUAUACUUUUAUUUGUCUGUUUGUACUGUCGUUCUUACUGUUUAGAACUGUGUCCUGCUUCAUGCUUUCUUAUAGAUGGCACUUGACUGAUCAUAGCCUCAAAAAAUUAACCUGUGACGCAAACAGAGAUUCCAAAAACAGACACAUUGGAAAUUAUAUGGUUUUAAUGAGACAUUUUGGGUUAAAUGUUAUCAGCUUCUUUGAGAGACAAUGUAAAGCAUAGCAACAGAGUAAUAAUAGUACUGAAGUUGGAACUAAACAGAUUGAGUAAUCCAAACCUCAGCAAGGAAUAAAUGAAAACCGUCUUUUAAAUACAGAACUGAGACAAACCUCAAGUGAGCUUACUAAAAUAUUUUUGUUAGUAUCCCAACAUAGAGAAAAGGCAGAGAUGAUUCUGCACUUGUUUUUGCAUGUCUGUUUUUCUAGUGACAACCUGUCAGGUUACUAUCAGACUUGAAGGAUUCUCUUUUGACUGCUACCUGACUGCUGGUUACCUUUACAGUAAAGGUGUCACAAAGUCACAUUUGGGCAUGAGGAGAUGACAGGUCUGAGGUGCAGGAAUUACAGUGUUAUUUUUGGUUAUUAAAUAACCAUUUUUGCUUUUCAAGGAAUGUAAAUUGGAAAUAUUCUGCGACAGAGAAGGUUUUAGUCAUCCAAAUGUAUUAAUUUAGCAAGAUGCCGAUGCCAAAGCUUUUCUUACCUUUUGAUGUUGUCUUCUUUUGCUUGUCAUCUGUUUAAAAAUGUUAAUGUCUACAGGAAGUAUUUCCUUGUUUGUACCAAACACUGUGAAUGUGGCGUUACCCUGCUAAGCCUUUUUGCAUUGUGAGCUAAAACCAUGAGUGCUUUCUGACCAAUAAUUAAUUACAUUAAUUAAGCGGUCACUGUAUGAUGUGCAGAAAAAUUGAGGGGAUGUUUUCUUUCCACCAGAUCUGAGAUCUGUUUACUCAGUUGUAUAUAUGUUUGCGUGUCUGUGUAUGCGUUUGUGUGCUUUCAUUUGAAAGGAAUGAAAGCAAGUGGUGUUGGUGCUUUUCAUGCUAUUUAUGUCAACUAUUUGAUUUAACUGGAACUAAAUAUAGAUUGUGUUCAAUGUAUGAUUUAAAAGAUGCAUGACAUUAUAUUGCAAUAGUGAUUUUACCCAUAGAUAACUCUUAAUGAAUUUCACCUUGCAAUGCUGUCAGGAAACUACAAAACUAAAGUCGUUUUUUACUGCCUGCAGCUUGAUAUUCAACAUGUGCCAUAUCUGGACUUAUUUUAUGUUCGUCUGUCUUUGUAUGUCUGAACCUAACUUUGAAUGUUAAUGUUAGUCCAGUAUGUGGCUUUGCCCAGUUUUUAUUUAUUAAUGGUUUUAAUUGUUUUAUUUAUAAUUGUUUCACUGUUGUGAAGAUAAAUUAAGAAAUGCACCUUUGUAUGUACAAAUAAACACUACUUUUUUAAGAACUUAUAAAUAAAUGUUGAAAUGUUAA